UCGUGGGACCCGGGCCGUACCGGGCCACCAAGCUGUGGAAUGAAACAGUCGAGCUUUUUCGUGCUAGGAUGCCAUUGAGGAAACAUCGCUGUCGUUUCAAAAGUUACGAACAUUGCUUCACAGCAGCUGAAGCUGUGGAUUGGCUGCAUGAGUUGCUGAGAUGCAGUCAGAACUUUGGCCCUGAAGUGACCCGCAAACAAACAGUCCAGCUGCUAAAAAAAUUCCUGAAGAAUCAUGUAAUUGAAGACAUCAAGGGAAAAUGGGGUCAGGAAGACUUUGAAGACAACCGCCAUUUGUACAGAUUUCCUCCUUCCUCACCCCUGAAACCAUAUCCAAAGAAGCCUCUAUACCAAAAGGAAGUUAUUAAAUUUCCAGAAUGGAACGAUCCCCCACCAGGCACUUCACAAGAGAACAUCCCAGUGAGACCCAUUGUGAUGAAUUCCGAGAUGUGGUACAAGCGUCACAGUAUUGCCAUUGGAGAGGUGCCAGCUUGCCGGCUUGUCCACCGCCGACAGCUGACAGAGGCUAACAUAGAAGAGAUAUGGAAGUCGAUGACAUUAUCAUAUUUACAGAAAAUCCUUGGCCUUGAUUCCUUAGAAGACAUUUUAGAUACCAAACUUGUCAACUCCAAGUUCAUCAUCCAUAAUGUAUAUAGUGUUAGCAAGCAGGGAGUUGUUAUCCUUGAUGACAAGUCAAAAGAACUUCCUCAUUGGGUAUUGUCUGCUAUGAAAUGUUUGGCAAAUUGGCCUAAUUGUUCGGAUUUGAAGCAGCCUAUGUACUUAGGAUUUGAAAAAGAUGUCUUUAAAACUAUAGCAGAUUACUAUGGUCACUUGAAAGAGCCUCUGCUUACAUUUCAUCUUUUUGAUGCUUUUGUCAGUGUAUUAGGUUUGCUACAGAAAGAGAAAAUGGCUGUUGAAGCAUUUCAGAUUUGCUGCCUCAUUCUACCACCUGAAAAUAGGAGAAAGUUACAGCUGUUGAUGAAGAUGAUGACAAGGAUCUGUUUAAACAAAGAGAUGCCACCACUGUGUGAUGGUGUUGGCACCCGAACACUGAUGGUUCAGACAUUUUCCCGUUGCAUCUUGUGUUCCAAGGACGAAGUGGACUUGGAUGAGUUGUUAGCUGCUAGGUUGGUCACGUUUCUGAUGGACAAUUAUCAGGAGAUUCUGAAAGUUCCCUUGACCUUGCAGACCUCUAUAGAGGAGCGUGUGGCUCAUCUACGAAGAGUCCAGAUAAAAUACCCUGGAGCUGAUAUGGAUAUCACUCUAUCUGCCCCAUCAUUUUGCCGUCAAAUUAGUCCAGAGGAAUUUGAAUAUCAAAGAGCAUAUGGCUCUCAGGAACCUCUGGCAGCUUUGUUGGAAGAAGUUAUAACAGACGACAAACUCUCCAACAAAGAGAAGAAGAAAAAACUGAAGCAGUUUCAGAAGUCCUAUCCUGAAGUCUACCAAGAACGAUUUCCUACACCAGAAAGUGAAGCCCUUCUGUUUCCUGAAAAACCCAAACCACAGCUGCUGAUGUGGGCACUAAAAAAGCCUUUCCAACCAUUUCAAAGAACUAGAAGUUUUCGAAUGUGAUUCUUCUACAGGCAUUAGAGACCUCUCUUGCUGUUUUUGAGUGACUGAGUGGUUGAAGAAGGAUUGAGGUGAUUAAAAAAAGUACAUAAAAUACAGACUACUGGAAUAUAGAUAAAGAUUAUCUGACCUUUUAAAAAAUGUUGAGCCAUUAUCAGUAUUUUUAUAAAA